AUGAGCGCACAGGCUUCCCAACCCGUGAGGUGGUCCCCCGGGUGGUACCCACCCAAGCCAGUCAACGCCGACGAGCAAGUGAUCUGGGCUGUGAGAUACCGCGAUCAAUUCUCAAAGAGUCUGAAGGAGGAGUCGGUACGCGCCGACAUCGUCAAAUGGUGCAUAUCCAACGUCGGGUUCUUCCGUACCGGUUCCUUGGUCGGGUGGGAAGAGAAACUCCGUCUCUUUAUGAACAUCACGCUCGAGAAAGAGAAUAAGCGGCCGCGGACCCUUCUCGGUCCCAACGGUCGGUGGGUGGAGGAUUGGGCCAAGGUUCGUGAGGCGGAGAAGGUCUCUGGCAGGAGAUCGAGAGACGGCGAUUAUGCUCGGGCGAUGGAUCAAUGGUUGGUGUUUGUGGGAGAGAAGGUUGAUCAACUACGGAGGGCGAAGAAGCCGGGGAUAGUCAAGACGGCAAAGACGGCAAAGACAACAACAGCACGUCCUGCGCAGUACAGUGAGGAGUAUGAGAGGCGGUUCUGCGAAAACCUCUCCUUAAGACGGCGAGAUCGGCUCCCUCUAGAGUCUGUCAACAGUGGUAGUGGCGGACCUGCUCUGGCAAGCGAAUCGACGCCGACGCUCCCUGUUGCAACACCGGCACCCACUCCUACGCUUCAAGGUUCCGUUACUACGCUUCAAGACUCUGUUCCUACGCUUCGAGGAUCUGUUCCUACGCUUCGAGGAUCUGUUCCUACGCUUCGAGGCUCUGUUCCUACGCUUCGAGGCUCUGUUCGUCGUGACCGUGGCCGGGGCACUUCACGGUCCACGUUAGGAUCACCAACUCGGUACCGAAGAAAGGUGGAUCCUUAUCAAGGGUUGAUCAAAGCUCUCACCAGAUUCAGUCAGAACAUCGGAGAAGGCCUGAAGGCCAUCGCGGCGACGAGCGCUGUCAACCGCGACGUGGAAGAGAGGCUGUUGGCGAUCAGGAGGCAUCAGCAGGAGGCGCAAUUAAGAAAGAAAGCGUUUGUCGAACGACUCGAUAAGCUGUUGGAGCAUCAACAGGAGGCGCAAUUGAGAGCGAAAGCGUUUGACGAACGACUCGAUAAGGCGUUGGCUCUCAUCGAGGCGUUGCACGAUAAAUCAUAA